AUGCAGGAGUUUACUUACAACUUUCUGACGGAGUUCUUCCUCCUUUAUGACAAUCUGCCGAUUUGGUUUCAUCGCCUGAUCUCCUUCAACUUUGCUUGGCGCAAUGUGCCCACCGGAGGCGCUUCUCCAGCCUCAGCUGUGCAGAAUUAUCUCUACGACCGUACCAUCUCAAUGAGCCUCGUGGGGGUCCAGGCGCUCACGUCCUUCCCUUCGGAGCUCGCAAAGAUGGAUUCCCGCGCUACCAGACUGCUGGAGCUGCGGGAGGCCUUGGAGCUUGCCAGUCACGAGCAGCCGCCACCCCUUGGCGAGUCGCACUCCAAAAUCGUUGUUCGCAACCUGACCUUGGCAACGCCCAAUCAAGUCACCUUGGCCGAGGGCCUCACUUUCCAGGUUGAAAGGGAUUCGCCAAUCCUGAUCACUGGGCCCAAUGGAGCCGGGAAGACAGCGCUUGCACGCGUGCUGCUGGGCCUCUGGAAGACUCGUGGAGCGGACGUGAGUGUUUCUGUUCCUCGUGCUUUGUCCAUUGUCCCGCAGCGGCCCUACCUGGCUCCAGGCUGCUUAGGGGACCAAGUCACCUACCCCAAGCGCUUUGUGGGUGACCAGGAUGCCUCCAAAGCUGAAGAGGCUUUGAAAGCUGUGGGUUUGGAGCAUCUCUUGGAACGCAGUCAUGGCAGUUGGGAUGCCCGCUGCAUGUGGGAGGAGGUACUUUCCGGAGGGGAGCAGCAACGAAUUGCCUUGAGCCGGGCACUGUUCCACCGGCCGGACUUCGUGCUGCUGGACGAAUGCACCUCCAUGGUGGCAGCAGAUGCAGAAGAGCGUCUUUACGACUGCGUCACUGCUGUGGGUGUGACCCCACUGACCAUGUCGCAAAGAUUGUUCCUCCCGAAGCUUCACAAGCAACUGGCUCCCAGUUCGUGGAAUGUUUUUCGGGCUUCUGCAGGUUGA